UCCUAGACCUAAGAUCAAAAGUUUUUAAAAUCGCAAACGACAUGCCCCGACAGCUGCGUGUUCGCACAUCCCGAUCAAAUUACUAUGCUUCGCUUCCGACUAUAGGCGACGAAGAAGAUAGUAGCGGGAGUGACUAUGCCCCCGAGGAUCUACAUAGUAAUGACCCCGAAAAUCGGUCUAGGCCUCUACCCUCGAUAACGCGAAUACGACCGUCCCAUAAGCCCCCACAGUUUGUACAGGCAUAUACUUCCAAGAUGUCUGCUCCGAGAGCUGCGAAGAUGAAUGCACUGCCAAAUCCUAGCGUCCAUCAUCGACACAAAGCCAUGCCAGUUUUUCUUCGUAAGGAAAAAGUCGAGCGACUUGAUGCUCCUCCUACGCUCUUCAACCCACCAACGAUUGUGUCAACCAAUAGUAUGACAUCAGAACAAUUUCUAACGGAUCGCAUCAGUAGGGCUUGGGGUUAUAACGUUGGCCCUGGUCCUGUAUGGGAUAUCAUGGAAGACCGGUCAUGCUUCAAGGAGGCUUUGGAAGGAGAACAGAAUCCAAUAAAUGAGUCGUUCAGGCGUCCCAGAGUCCAUCAAGAUGUUGAGGUGAAACCUGGAUGGACGAGACUGAAUGAAUGUGAUGCUGCGAAGUACUUUCCCACUGACACUGUGCUAACAGAUGAUGGUCAGCCGCGCCCCCCUGCACCUGUACAUUGCUUCCUUGGACCGUAUGGUCGCCAGACUCGCGUUGAGAUGGCUAUGUUCGACAGUCACGCUACAUCAGAAUAUAUGCCUGGCAGCACAUCUUUCGUCUUCAAUGUUGGAUCUCCUGCGUGGGGCGUAGACUGGUGCCCGACAUAUCCAGAUGACCGACCCCAUCGAGGUUAUAAACAUUACCUGGCGGUCGCCCCUUUCUCUUCGCGGUCGCACUCACCGAUGAUCGGUGCGAAAGUCCUGCGUCCCGUUCCUGGGUGCAUACAAAUAUGGGGUUUGGAGUCCAAACGAGAGAACACCUCGCAAGAAGACCGCUCGCUGGCCGGUGAGAUAAAGUGCGAGAUGGUCGUUUGCUUAGAGUCAGGGCCUGCAUUCGAAAUCAAGUGGUGCCCUCUUCCCUCGCACGAUCAGUGGAAUGAAGUUCAUAUGGAAGAACACCCGCGAAAGCUAGGGCUACUAGCAGGGACAUUUGAAGACGGUUCGCUGUCCAUAUAUGUUGUUCCAGACCCAGAGGAUGUAAGGAGUAAAGAUGAUGACUCAACACGUCCGACAUCUGUACAUAUACCCGAACCACUUCUCCGGAUCGAGCUAGAGGAAACUUGCUGCUGGUCUCUUGACUGGGCUAAUAGUGAAACCAUUGCUGUUGGUUGCACAAAUGGUUACGUCGCUGUAUAUGACAUUGGUCACGCAAUCAGGACAGGUCAGGGCUCAAACAUCCUCCCAACCCAUUACAUUUCAAUACAUCAAUCCGCGGUACGAGCCCUUUCAUGGAUUCGUAUCCCGCCGACGAAUGGCUCUGGCGUGCCAUCGACCUCCGAGGAUCCAACAGUUCUGGCUACCGGCGGAUACGACGGCAUGGAAUGUCUGAUUGACAUUCGAGAACCACAUGGAAAUAUUGUAAACAGGACACGGGAUGUGAUCAAUAGCACCACAUACUCCCCGUUCGCGGGCGGACCGAUCAUGAUCGAUCACGACAACAGCGUCAAAGCAUAUGCAAUAUCUCCUAGUACGCUAGGCAGAGGGCACGUACUUCUGGAGCCCGAUGGACCAGUGUGGAGCGUCAGUGCAUCGGAAUACCACGCUCAGUUAGCGGUCGGUUCAGCAGAUGGCUCUUGCGUAACAACCAACACUCUGAAAACAACAAGGAGAGGAGGGUCGGUCCCAUUCUUCUUCCGCAAGAUCUUUCAGUUGGACUACAGCCGAAAGACAGGAGAGUUUCGUAUGUUAGACCAUUUCCUUCCGCAAGAAACUCAAGAAAGGUCCACAAAAUUGAAAGGGAAACAAGCCAAAAAAGAUGAAUCUGAGACAAGCACCAGUACUGGUGUAUGGCCAUCCGAAGUAAGCGUCCAUCGUGUUACUUGGAACAUGGGUAAUGGUCUGGGCGGAGCGCCGCUACUCGCGUCUACUACGGGUUCAGGACUAUGUAGGGUGGAUUGGUUGCUAGGACGUUGGAUCCGGAACAAGGUACCAUACGUGAAUGUGCCAAACAUGAGGAAAGAGGUUGACGAUGUAAUGGACGAGGAUAGUGGGGAUGAAGCUGUAUAGUUGAUGUAUCAAUCCUUAUAGCACGAUAAAAAUUCGGAUACAUUAACGUUAACGUUGUCAUUCACUAGUAGGCCACCUGAGACUCACGGUAGUCCAUCCGUAUCUGCCAGUAGCAACGAGCGCACAGCGACCAGUCACCGCUACAUAUCGAUAUCGUUUUCGUUCAUUUUCCAAAUUUUUGAUGCGCGCCCUAUGUGCACUGCUAAUGGAUGGUAUUGGGACAGGCUAUAGUUGGAUCUUUGGGGAUGGUGCACAGUUGGUGGGCCAAACAGUGCAUGUUGAAUGAAGCGGAGAAGUUUUGCAAAGCACUGCAGUACGCAGUCAACGUUCAUGUAAACAUGACGCGUUUCCAAGAUGCGAAAGACUUGGGCGCAAGGCUCUUGCCUUGUAUAUUGAAGCGAAAUGAUGCACUGCUCCCAUAAGGCACUUCUUCGCCU